CCAGUGAAAUCCCAGGGAGAAGGAUGAUGUGGGGAAACUGGACCCUAGUCAGUGAAUUUGUUCUUGUGAGCUUCUCAACCCUGUCUGCUGAGCUACAAGCUUUAUUGUUUCUCCUCUUCUUGACCAUUUAUCUGGUGACCCUGAUGGGGAAUGUUCUCAUCAUCCUGGUCACAACUGUUGACUCCGCCCUACGAAGUCCUAUGUACUUCUUCCUCAGAAACUUGUCUUUUCUUGAGAUAGGUUUCAACUUGGUUAUUGUGCCCAAAAUGCUAGGGACCCUGAUCCUGCAAGACACAGCCAUCACCUUCCUUGGCUGUGCCACCCAGAUGUAUUUCUUCUUCUUCUUUGGGGCUGCUGAGUGCUGCCUCCUAGCCACCAUGGCAUAUGACCGCUUUGUAGCCAUUUGUGAUCCCUUGCAUUACCCAGUCAUCAUGGGGCACAAGUCUUGUGCCCAGCUGGCAGCUGCCUCCUGGUUCUCAGGGUUUCCAGUGGCCACAGUACAAACCACAUGGAUUUUUAGUUUCCCUUUUUGUGGCCCCAACAAAGUGAACCACUUCUUCUGUGACAGCCCUCCCGUCAUUGCAUUGGUCUGUGCUGACACCUCUUUGUUUGAACUAGAGGCUCUGACAGCCACUGUCUUGUUUAUCCUCUUCCCUUUCUUGCUGAUCUUGGGGUCCUAUGUUCGUAUCCUCUCCACUAUCUUCAGGAUGCCCUCUGCUGAGGGGAAACGCAAAGCCUUCUCCACCUGCUCCUCGCACCUGCUUGUUGUCUCCCUCUUCUACAGCACUGCCAUCCUCACAUACUUCCGACCACGGUCUAACACCUCUCCUGAGAACAAGAAGAUACUGUCACUCUCCUACACAGUGGUGACGCCCAUGUUGAACCCAAUCAUCUACAGCUUAAGGAAUAAUGAAGUGAAGGCUGCACUGAAGCGGGUUAUCCGCAGGACUCUCAGACAUCAGAAACUGUGACUGACUUAGAUGGACACUGAAGGG